AUCAUUUUUAGCUCUCAACAGAACAAAGAUCUAUUCAGUGAACAUGGUGCGCACAGUUUUCCGAGUUUUUGCAUUGAUGUCGGUUGCCAUGACAUUCUUUGUAGCAGCAACUCCACAAUUGCCAUGGGGUGUACCUGCCAUUAGACCAACAAUCAGUACUGAGAAUAUCGAUGGCCCACAGGGCACCUGUCCUGAGCCCACAGAAGAAUUGAAGGCGUGCAUACGCCAGUGGGGUUGUCAAGAAUUGCUACGUCUCGAUCUGCGUUGCCUGCUAAACUUGAAUGGUAUCCCGCUAGUUGGCAAUGUUUUGGAGGGUUUAUUGGGUGGACUUGGUGGACAGUCUCCAAGACCAGGUGGCGCACAAGGCGGCUUGUUAGGAGGUCCUGGUGGCUUGUUAGGAGGUUCUGGUGGCCUACUCGGAUCACUAUUGGGUUGAUCACACACGUACUAUUAAGUUUAAGCUUUUGCUAAAUUAAAUACAUAGAUAUUCAAUGAGAA